UUCUCCGCUAAAUCUAAAAACAAACCCAAACAUGAAGUCGACUCUUUUCUGUGCUGCUCUGGCAAUGGUUUUGGCUGUCGUUCAGUGCGAUGCGGACUUCCGCCAGAAUAUGCAGCAGUGCAUGCAGGCGUCUCAGGUGACCGAGGCGGACCUCAAGGAUUUCAUGGCCAGCGGCAUGCAGGGCACUGCCAAUGAGAACCUCAAGUGCUACACCAAGUGCCUGAUGGAGAAGCAGGGCCACCUCGUCAACGGACAGUUCAAUGCCCAGGCCCUGCUGGACACCCUGAAGAAUGUGCCCCAGAUCAAGGACAAGAUGGAGGAGAUCACCUCGGGCGUGAAUGCCUGCAAGGACAUAAAGGGCACCAACGACUGCGACACAGCCUUCAAGAUCACCAUGUGCCUCAAGGAGCACAAGGCCAUGCCAGGGCCUCAUCACUAAGCCUUUGCCAGCAGCCGAAAUCCGAUCUAAUCGAAGCAAGGCUCAAGCCCAUCUCUGUUGUGUAAUGAUUAAAGUUGUUUAAGUUGCAGUAAAGCAGCAAUAAAA